AUGAGUCCCCCACCUGAACAGAAGAACAAGCCUCCUGUCAAGCCAUAUCAGCCUCCACUACCAUUUCUAGCUCGAGCUAGACAAGAAAAGAAUGAUGUUGACUACCAAAAGUUUCUGAAACACAUAAAGGCUCUUCAAAUUAAUAUGCCAUUCAUAGAAGCGGUAGCACAAAUACCUAAAUAUGCCAAAUUCCUAAAGGAGCUUCUAACUAAUAUAAAGAAGAUGGAAGAGGUGAAGAAGGUGAUCCUAAAUGAGAACUGUUCAGAUGCCAUGUUAAAAAAACUGCCUAAAAAGAAGGGUGAUCCGGGAAGCUUAACCUUGCCUUGUCAAUUCGGAAACUUAGCUACCAUUUAUGCAUUGGCUAUUUCAGGGGCAAGUGUAAAUCUCAUGCCGUACCCAUUCUUCAAGAAAUUAGAUCCUCCGGAGCCGAGGCCAAUUCGAAUGGCAAUUCACCUAGCAAAUAAAACGGUCACUUUCCCAAGGGGGAUAUGCGAAGAUCUAUUGGUGAAAUUUGAUAAGUUCAUGUUUCCCGUGGACUUCAUAGUAUUAGACAUGGAAGCGGAUCCUCAAGUCCCGAUCAUACUUGGAAGACAUUUCCUAAACACCUCGAGUGCUAUAGUUGACAUGCAAGAUUCUAAACUUACUCUUCGGGUGGGAGACGAAUCAGUUACUUUUGGGGUUGAUCAAGCCAUGAAACAUCCAAGGAAUAAUGAUGACGUAUCAUUCUCGGUUGAUAUGUUGGAAGAGUUAAUGGUGGAAUGGAAUGAAGAUGAUCCAAGCAAGUCCACAAUCAUCCUUGAAGAAGAAUUUGAUGCUGAAAGAAACCUGCUAGAAAUAGGGAGACUGCUCGAGGAAGCUGAAUACAAUGAUCUGAUUAGAAGUGCAGAACACCCGACUCGCUGA